UUGCGCUCAAAUACAUUUGAUGUCACCGAACUCGAACGGCUACGACGUGAGGCUGAUCCUUCAUCGGAUGAUAAUGCUACGGCUAAGGAUGCGGCGCCACAACUUGCAGAGCAACCGGCAAACGUGGAUGCCGCCGUGAAUACCCCAGUUUUGGUUGAUUCAAACGAUGAUGAAACAGUCGUCCAGGAACUAAAACUGGAGCAAAUGAGGAGUACAUUGGAUGAGGCGAUUUUGGAAACGCGCAGUACGCCUGUUGAAAAUCGACCGCGACUUCCCCGCAUAGCCCUAAGCAAGCGGAAUCGGGCUAUCGUGAGGGCUCUGAACCCAAUGCUGGUGACCUAUUUGGAAGCCAGCUGGGACCUUUGCGAGACGGACUCAAUUCUCUUUGACGCCGCACUGGCAGUCUGCCGUAUUAUAGGCGCCAAACUUUCCACGACUGGACGCACUACUGGACAAAGUAUUGCUAUCCCAACCUGGAGAACAAGAAUUGAAGAACGUAUCGCAAAGGCUAGGACCCUUAUCGGCAGACUGAUAUGCUUUAGGUCAGGCAAUACCAGGCCAAGGAUUGUGCGCACCGACAGGAUGGCGUUUGCUGGGACAAAUGUUAGUUUUUCCUAG